UAGGAAGCCAGAAAUCAUGUGACCGAUGACUAAGUCAAAUUUUUUCUUUUUACAGACUGGGAAGAGUAAGAUACUAAUUCUCUGCUCUCCGAUUUUCAUUUAGAAAGCUUUAAAAGGUACUUAAUUAUGCUUCUGAUUGUGUUUUUCUCCACUCUAUUUACUUUCACAUUCAUUGAAUCUGUGAAAAAUAAGUGGACCUGCCGCACCCAAGAUACAGAGAUAUCUUACUCUUCCUGUGAUGACAAGAAGCCCAUACCAACAAUAAAUGUUAGACCCUGUUUAAGUUGGAAACAGACCAAAGGAAAUUUGUCUCUUUACUAUGUGCCACGGAGAGACUUGAAAGAUCUAUAUUUUAAUAUUCAUGCAGAAUUUAAGUCAUCUAUAAUAUUACCACAUAGAAAAGAAAUUAUAUGCCGUGGAGCUGAUGGUGAUUAUUCAUUCUGCAAUAUUUUAAAGGGAGAUAAAGACACUAAAGCAAACAGGGUUAAAUGGCUUGCUCACAGUCACAAAGCUGAGACCCUCAAUGCAACAGUGUAUUUUUCCUUCUCGUUGCUAAAGUUUCUGAAGGGAUUCUAUAUUUUUAUUGCAGAAGCUUUCUCUGCUGGUAUGCAAGAUUCAUUGUUUUGUUGUAAUAUUACACUCAAAAUCAAAUAACAAUUUUAUUCAAAAAAUAAAUUGAUUUUAGAAAAAUGAAA